CUUUUAACGUUUUCGUUGUCGCUGAUGGGGGAAGAAAGAAUUUUUUUUUAGAGUCUAAAAAAAUGUGGAACUGUGAAAAAAAAAAAGUGAGAUCUUAGCAGCAGCAGCAGCAAAAAUUAUAUUUAGCAAAAGAAAGAACCAUAGUUUAUUACAACAUCUUAACUAAAUCAUAUCAAUUACAUCUACAAUGCACGUGUUAUUAACCAAUGAUGAUGGUCCAUUGAACGACAAUUCAUGUCCAUAUAUCAAAUAUCUCGUGGAUGAAAUCAAUACUUCCACAAAUUGGGAUUUAUCAAUUGUGAUCCCCAAUCAACAACGAUCAUGGAUUGGUAAAGCUCAUUUCGCUGGUAAAACUUUAACCACCAGUUAUAUUUAUACGAAAUACAGUACCGAUGAACCGAAUCCUAAUAUCAAUUCAUAUAUCGGUCCGUUUAAAACUCCAGAACCUAAAUAUCAUUUAAAUCGAGAUGAAUAUCAAGAAUGGUGUCUUAUUGAUUCAACUCCAGCUGCUUGUGCUGAUAUAGGAAUUCAUUAUUUAUAUAAGAAUAGUAAACUGAAACCCAUUGAUUUAGUUCUUAGUGGUCCUAAUUUUGGGAAAAAUUCAUCCAAUCUUUAUAUUUUGACUAGUGGGACCGUGGGGGCUGCCAUGGAAGCUUCAACUCAUGGGAUUAAAUCUAUUGCUUUAAGUUAUUCAUUUAAUAGUCUAGAUCAUGAUUUUAAAAUCUUAAAGGAAGCAGCUAAGAUAUCAGUGAAAUUAAUUGAGAAAUUAUAUCAAAAAUUAAUCUUGAAUCAUGAUACUAUUGAUAUUUUUUCAGUUAAUGUACCAUUAAUUCCAUCUUUAAAAUUAGGUACAACAAAGAUUCAAUAUGCUCCUAUAUUACAAAAUAGUUGGCAUUCUAUAUAUGAAGAAGAUUUGGAAUCUAUUAAUGAACAAGGACAAUUACAAUUUAAAUGGAAUCCAGAUUUUAAAAAGGUGUAUAAAGAUGGGUUAAGUGAUUUUAAUCAUACUGAUAGUAGAGUGCUAUUAAAUGAAGGUAUCAGUGUUACACCUUUGAAAGCAACUUUCAGGACAGUGGAACCGUUAACUGGUGAAAUAGUAUUGGAUGCAGAAGAAGGUGAUGAAAGUAAGGAUGACAUUGAUACAUUCAUCUUUUUAAUCACUAUUCCAUCCAGUGCUUAUAUUUUUAAACCAUUAGUAGAAUCAUUUCAAAAGAAUUUCCCUUCUAUUCAAAUAACUACUGAUUCGUCUAUCUUAUUAAAGAUUAAUAAUCAUCCUCAUUUAAAAGUAUUCCAUUAUGGAGAAUAUGAAGAUUUAGAUAUCGAUCUUAUUCAAUCUCAUCCAAAACAAUAUUUCAUACCAUCAUAUAUCUUCAGAAAAGCCUUAAUCAGAAAACAUUACUUAUAUAAUACCAUCCAUCAUUAUGUCACUAAGAAUCCCGAAUCUGUCUUAAAGGAAGCAUUUCCAGAGACUUAUAAUUUAGAAGUUGAUUAUGCUGAAUUUUUAGAUGAUUCAUUAGAUGAUGCUUAUGAAUUACGAGAUGAAAUCAAUAAAGGUGAAAAAGUAUGGAUCUUAAAACCUAGUAUGAGUGAUAAAGGUCAAGGAAUUCGAUUAUUUAAGACCAUUGAUCAAUUACAAGAGGUUUUCAAUUCAUUUGAAGAAGAGGAAGAAGAGGAAGAUGACGAUGAGGAUGAAGAUGAAGAAGGGGAAGGACAAGUUCAAGUUCAAGAUGAAUCUGAACAAGAUAAUAAACAUGAUACUGGGAUUAUUCUUUCUCAAUUAAGACAUUUUGUGGUUCAAGAAUAUAAAUCAUCACCCUUAUUAUUAUCAAAUUAUGAUGAUAAGAAAUUUCAUUUAAGAAUAUAUGUGGUUUGUUCCGGAAAUUUAAAAGUAUUCGUUUAUAAGAAUAUCUUAACAUUAUUUGCAUCUGCCAAAUAUCAAGAUCCAAUCAAUGAACCUGAAGAUCAAGAAAUCCCUUUGGAUGGACAUUUAACCAAUACAUGUUUACAAGAAGAUGAAGAACCAUUAGUAGUUCCAUUCUGGUCAUUGCAAGGAUUAGAUGAUGCCAGUAAAAUCAAAAUCUUUGAUCAAAUCAAAUCAAUCAUUGGAGAUUUAUAUAAAGCAGCAUCAACUAUUGAUAAGAUCAAUUUCCAACCUUUGGAUAAUGCAAUUGAAUUAUUUGGUAUUGAUUGUUUAAUCAAUGAUGAUUUAUCAGUUAAUUUAUUAGAAGUUAAUUCAUAUCCUGAUUUCAAACAAACCGGGGAUGAAUUGAAAGGAAUAAUCUAUGAAUUGUUUGAUAAUGUCGUUAAAGAUGUGGUUAAUCCAUUAGUGGACAAUAAAAGUAAUGAACAACAGACAUUAGAAGAUGACGAAACUACAUUAGUUAAGGUUUUAGAUAUUUAA